AUGUGCACUGGUGUAAUCUCUUUCACCGAUAUGACUGAGAAGAUCAUCGAACAACAUGAUCAGGAAGCAGCCCCAGAUCGCUUACCAGUGCUUCCAAGCAAGCCCUCAAGCGACCAGUCAGGAGAAAUCGUUAUCCCUGAACUAGCCAUAUCUCAAUGGAGAAGGAUCGUUCUAGCAGGCUUGAUGAUGUUUACAACUUUUAUCGCUUCGGCGACUAUAGCGGGCUCACUGCUGAUUAUUCCUGCGAUGUCCGCUGAUUUAGGCAUAAAAGAUCUUCAAGCUCAAUGGAUCAGCUCAGCAUAUUCUCUGGCGAAUGGUUGCGGGCUACUGUUCUUCGGUCGAGUAGCAGACUUGUACGGAGGGGAAUAUCUCUUUCUUCUCGGAAUGGGCUUGUACACCUUGUUCAGUGUAAUAUCAGGUUUUGUCAGACAAAGCACGGCUCUGUGCGUCGUCCGAGCUCUCGCGGGCCUUUCUUUAUCUAUAGCUUUACCAGCAGCUUUCGGUAUAAUAGGAAGGACAUUUCGGAGUGAACCUUCACGUACAAUCGCUUUCGCAUCACUCGCACUUGGAGUUCCAAUCGGGGCAGGUCCAGGGCAGGUUAUAGCAGGCUGUAUGGCAGGCGUUAGUCCGAAGUCGUGGCAAUACAAUUUCUUUAUAUUGGCUGGAUUAGCGAUAAUUCCUUGUCUACCUGGAAUCUUCAUCAUCCCCUCUGAACCCAGAAAGCAGAAACAGAUCUCAACGACGAAUAAUCGGGUGAAUAAAAAGUUCGAUUGGCUUGGAGCAGGAUUGAUUACUUCUGCUUUGGAUUUAAUCGGUUUUGGAUUGACUCAAGGUGGUCUGAUUGACAAGGGAUGGAAAGAGCCUUAUAUUGGGAUCUGCGUAGGACUGGCCGUUUUACUCUUCGCCGGAUUUAUUUACUGGGAGAAACGAACCAUCAAGAGUUCAUCAAACAUCGCUCCUUUGGUAAACCUUUCGAUGUUCAUACGAUAUGAUCAUAAAGUCACUGCUGUGCUCUGUGUGGCGUUUACAGGUUACUUGUCAGUCGCAGGAUGGAUGUAUUUAACAACGAUAUAUUUUCAAACGCUCUUACAAGAGACACCCUUAACGAACGCUCUACACGUUCUUCCAGCUCCUAUCGUAGGAGCUCUCGCUUGUUUCUUGGUGACUCUAUUGGCGCCCAGAGUACCUGCUCCAUACUUACUGGCUAUGGGAGGCUGCUGUACAGCUAUAGCUCAUAUACUAUUCGCUGUUGCUCCGCUUCACAGGACAUGGUGGAUCAAUGGUUUUUUGAGCAACUUGUUCAAUCCUUUCGGAGCGGAUUUUACGGUCGGAAUAGGAUCCAUACUGAUAUCCAAUCUGGUGAAUGAAGACGAACAAUCCAUCAGUGGAGCGUUAUUCCAAACGGCUCUUCAACUCGCUUCGACGUUGGGAGUAUGUCUGUGCAGUCUCACUCAGAAGAUCGUCAUGGAUAAAACUGGAUCAUUAGAGAAGGGAUUAAGGGUCGGGUUUUGGUUAAUGGCUGCAUUCAGUUUCUUUUCUGCUUUGAUCGCUUUGAUCGCUUUGAGAAAAGUCGGAUUGGCUAGAGAUAUCAGAAAGGUGACAGAAGGCAGUACUGCUUCUUGA